AUGGAUCCGUUCAUUGCUGCUCCUUCUUUGAUCACCAGCGGCGAUGGCUGGACCGAACACAUUUCCAAAGAAGGAAGAAAGUACUAUUACAACACUUUGACGCAGGAGAGCCAAUGGGGCAAGCCGCUGUCGCUGCAGACGCCCGAAGAGGCGCAGAUUUUGCUGAAGACCGGCUGGCAGGAGUUUUGCAGCGCCGACGGGAAGAGCUACUGGUUCCACAGCGCGACGAAGCGGAGCGUGUGGAACACGCCCAAGGAGGUGGAGGAAAUGCUGAAGUCGCUGAAAGAAGAGCGAGAAGACUGGCCGCAGUUCAAGAGCAAAGAAGAGGCGAAAACGUUCCUGGUGGUGAGCUCCCCUUUCCCGCAGCAGCAGCAGCAGCAGCAGCAGCAGGAGUUGCACUUGGUCGAUAUUUUCGAGAAAAGCAGCUUUCCGUGGGGAACUUGCUGCUGCCGCCGGCCCCGAGCUGCGGAAGCUCCGCUUGCGACCGAAAAAGCCCCGAAACGCCGCCUUUGCAUGCAGAAACUGUUCGAACUGAAGAAGUUUCCGCCGCGGAUCAGCUGGGAAAACGCCUCCAAGAUCCUCGAGUCCGACCGCAGGUGGUCCUGCUUCUCCAUUUUGACGCGCGGCGAGCGAAAGCAAACCUUCGCCGAGUUCAUGGGCUCCCGCGGCAAGCGCGCUGCGGAGGAGGAGCGCCAGAAGCGCAAAAAGGCGAAAGACUUGAUGGUUCAGAAUCUCUUGGCCUGGAAAGAGCUGAGUUUCAAAACGACAUACAUAGACGUGGCGGACCGUUUCCACUUCGAGGAGUGGUGGACUUGGAUGCAGGAAAGCGAAAGAGAUGAGUUCUUCCAAGAGUGGAUGUUCGACAACGAACAAAUGUUCAAAGACAAGAUCAAACAGAGACGCCGCGAGGACGUCGCCAUGCUGGAGGAGAUCCUCGAGCAAAACCCCACAGAGUUCGCAUUUCAGAAAAGAUGGUCUGAAGUCCGGGAGCAGCUUUUUUCCCACCCGAAGCUGCAAAACAUGAUGAAGAUUGAUGUGCUGCAGGUUUGGGAAGAGUGGGUGCGCCACGGCUACGAGCAGGAGCGGAAGCAAAGAAGGGCCCAAAUAUUUCGCCGCGAGCGAAAGCGAAGAGACGCCUUUAGAGAGCUGCUGCAGGAAGCUGUGGACAAAGGUACUUUGCUGCAGCAAAAGCAACCAGCAGCAGCAGCAGCAGCAGCAGCAGCAGCAGCAGCAGCCAGAAACACGCAGUCUGAUGCAGCAGCGGCAGCAGUGGCGAGAAAACCGCGACCUGCUGCUGCAGCAGCAGCGGGAAAGCUGCGAUCUGCAGCAGCAGCAGCAGCAGCAGCAGCAGGACUAGAAGCAGCUUACAAGAGGGAGCUGAGCAGCAAAAGCGAGUGGGUGGGCUUCGCGCGGCGCGUCGAAAAAGACAGCAGGUACUUGGCCAUGGUGGGCCAGAGCGGCAGCACGCCGAGGGAGCUUUUCAGCGACGCAGUGCAGCAGCUGCAGCAGCAGCACGAGCGGCUGAAGCACUUUUUCAAAAGAUUUGCAGACAGGGAGGGCCUGGACCUCAGGGACAAGGCGCUCUCCUUCACCCAGUUUUACGAGACAGUGCGGGGACUUGAUGAAGUGAAGAACUUGAAUAUGCUGCAUGUGAAGUUGGUUUUUGAGUCUUUAAAAAACGCGGACACCAAACCUGCUGCUGCUGCUGCUGCUGCUGCUGCAGCAGACGGGAAGCAGCGCAGCAGCCGCAGCAGCAGAACAGACCCGGACGCAGGCGCCUACCGCAGCAGCAAACACGACGACGCCACCAGCAGCAGCAGCAGCAGCAGCAGCAGCGCGAACCACCACGGCUCUCACAGAGAUAGAGAAAGAGAAAGGGAAAGAGAAAGAGAAAAAGAAAGAGAAAGAGAAAAAGAAAGAGAAAGAGAAAAAGAAAGAGAAAGAGAAAGAGAAAAAGAAAAAGAAAGAGAAAGAGAAAGAGAAAAAGAAAGAGAAAGAAAAAUCCCAAGAACUCACAACGACCGCAGCGUGAGCCACGCCCGCGAGCUGCAGCGGGAGGCUGAGGCGGAGCAGCAGCAGCAGCAGCAGCAGCAGCGGAAGAAGCGGAGCGCCGAGGAGGACAGGCGGAGGCGCUGA